CAGCGCGUCUCUUUCUGUCGCCGCAAGCAGACAAAGCUCUAGCUGCAAGGCUCUCGCCCGCUCAGCCUGGUCGCUCGCUGGUUGUUCAUGCUGCUCAUUUCCGGUCAAUCGAAGCAAAUAGACCCUUUCGACCGACAACCAGAGUGGUCCCGGUAACAAGGACACAUUCGCUCCGACGACAGAGUCACCAAACACCCACCCAUUCACCUCCCCGCGAUCGCAGGCCCUGGCCGACUUGCCACUGAUAGCCCGCCGGUUUGACUUGGUUGUUUCGUCGCCAGCGGCUCCUCUGCUGUCUACGCCCAGACAAGCGAGUCUUGCGACGAACUUCGGUGAGGAAGGCAGGGCGGUAGGCCGACAGUGGAGCCAACCGGUCGUUUGCUAGAUUUGAGCGCCUGUCUCCCCCAGCCUGGCCAUCAAAGGAGCCAUUCUUGGGGAACUGGCCCGGUUUUCGAGCCCCCCUCCGGGCACAGAGCUGCAAAACACCUCCUCCCUCUCUUCGCCCCCGCAGCAGCCAGAUUUUCGUUAUCAUGGCGGCCGUAAAGUCGUCGGUAGCCGAGCAAAUCAGGCAACUGAACGAUGCGCGGAAGCACGUGCUACUCGAUCCCAAGGUCUAUUCGUCCAUCGUCCAGGGUGUCUUGCCCAUCAUAGGCCCAUCCUCAGUUCUGGAGCUUAGGCGAUGGGGCUCCGACUUCCUAGCUGAGGCCUUCGCGACGCCCUCCCUCCCCACCCGGGACAAGGAGACUCUAAGUCUUCUGGUUCUGGAGACGUUGCGGGCCAUGAUAGAGAACCCAAAGGAGGAUAUCUAUGUCUUGAAGAGCGCUCUCCAAACCGCUGCUAGCAUCUAUCCCCUGGUAAUACGGUGGAUUGUUAAUAACUCGUACGACACUCCCACGUGGGAGCGUCUGACCGCCAUCAAGGCCAAGGUGCUACAGCUCUGGAAUAGCGAGUCGUCGAUCGUCAGGAUCGCAUGCAUCAAGUUUGCCCAGCGUGUAGUUCUCGCCCAGGCACACCCUCUCAACGGCGAACUGAAGCAACGCGAUGGCUUGGAGAUCUCUCUCGCCAUGGUGCCUCCCAGCCACCCCGUGCUCGAUGCACGAAACCUGGAAGCGGAAGCAACGGGGCUUUUGGAUAGGAUGCUGGGUGUGUUGCAAGACAACAGCAGCGACGCCUUGGUAGUCGACGCGACUUUGAACUGCCUUUCCAUUCUCAUCCGCACAAGGCCGUCCACCUCGAACCGUAUCCUGAGUACUGUUUUGAGCUUCAACCCUCUGAAGCUGGCGAACUCUCCCAUGACCCCGAAGUCACGUGUUCUCGUAAAGUCCAUGGAGAAGACCACUAGGAUGCUACUCGUCCAUCUGGUUAAACGAGACCCCCUUAACCAGGCAAACCAGCGCAUUCACCAGCACAUCGAGCGGCUCGUACGGACUCGUAAUGAGAUAUUUGACGAGGCCAGCCGAAAGCGUGUCUUGGCCGAGCAGAAUGCUGCAGCACUGGGCGAUGCCAAACGGCUGCGGCUGGUCUCCGGGCCAGCCCCGUCACCUCUGCCGCAAGUCACCCCACUACCGCCCGGGCCGACCACAUUGGCCGCUAUCUUCACGCUCACCAGCAGCUCUGGUCUGCAAGUCUUCGACGUGUCGGCGGUUUCGGCAGACCUAGCUGCCAGGAUAUGCGUCUCUACCCUAGCCAGGGUUGAUCCCUCGAUCCUCGGCCGUGCCGUCGGUGGUAUACGUGAUCGCCUUGCCACGCUCGAGGCGGCUGCUGCACUGCAACCAGCGGCCUUGAAUCCCGAUACUGCCCCACUCGGUGUCGAGGAGGACGACGAUGAUUACGAGCCCGACUUUUUCGCUGCCGAGGAUGCGGAGCAGAUUCUGAACAAGAUGGAUGGGCCUUCACGGUCGAAUGAGAAGGCAAAUCUGGAGGCGACAUCGCUCGCACUCGGCGCCUACAGGCUGCCUCCACCGCCACUGCUCAGACAGGAAGAUGCAGCGAACGCCGGGAGAGGCACGGUGGCCAAUAUACUCAGGAUCACCACCAAGCUUGAGGACACGGGUGUGAGGAGAAGCCGCGCGGGCAUCAACAGGUUGGCCGCCAGCUCAUACGACCGAGAGUCGUGGAUCACGGUGGUCACCCGACUGGCGACCCGAGCAUCGGUUGCUCUAGACGGAGGCGCAGACGUGGUCAGUGGCGAGGGCAACUCUUCUCUCCCGCUAGGCGAAAGGUUCCGUGAGGCAUUAUACAACUAUGUGCUCGAGGACUUUCGAAGGAGGAUCGACGUGGCCAUAUCAUGGCUCUCCGAAGAGUGGUACAACGACCAACUACAACAGAAGUUAUCCCGAAACGCGCCGCGGCACUACGACAAAGUGGCCAUCCGGCUCGUGGACGGAAUCACGCCGUACCUACAUGCCCAGGAUAAGAUUCUCACUCGGUUUUUGGGUGAGAUCCCCGAAGUUAACCCAUCCAUACUGGGGCGGGUUAAAGGCAUGUGUCGAGAUCCGUCCUUGGCCAACUUGGCUCUCACCAGUCUGGUGUAUCUCGUGAUGAUGAGACCACCGGCCAAGGAAAUGGCACUGGACGCAAUGCAAGGGAUAUGGACAGAAUAUGAGGAAGCGCGGCCAUUGGCUGCGAAGUACCUUGGAAGGUGGCGGCGAGAUUUUGUGAUCACCAACACCGCUGCCGUGGAAUCGCAGGGUUCAGCACCGGCAGUUCUUGCGAGCUAAGAGACACCGGGCACAUGUGUGGUGAUCUCCCGCCGCUCUUUGGCAGGCUAGUAUGAAUAUUGCUCUAGAUGUAAUAGAUUGCUGCACCGGCCUUUUGUGGUCUUGCUCUACACCUCAAAGAACCUGCAUAUUACUUGGGAUAUACAUGAGCAUCUCAUGCCACUUAUCUUUCCCUCUGGCGCAGACGAUCGAAGAAACCAUUCGCAAACUUUGAGAUUCUCGUGCAGUCCAGAAUGUCC